AAAUUUCUAUCCCUCCGUCUGGUGAUUCAGAGCAAGGCAAUGGUGAGGCUUCUGGGAAGAGCUGUGAGGGUGAUGGUGAUGAUCACAAUCAUCACCCUAACGAGUACUGUGACGGCUGACACCAAAACCUAUGUAAUGGUGAGUCAAGAAAUCUUUUACAUUGAUAUGUGUUAUAUGUUUAAAUACCUACCUGUCGCGCCCUCCUUCCCACCUGAUCUCUCCAUCAGUUUCUUGGUUGAAAUGAAGGAGAGACAAUGCAAACAAUCUCAUCCUUGUCUCCAUCAGUGCAACUUGCAACCAACCUGUCGUCUCGUCUGCGUUAAAGAUUCGACGUGCCACAUGUACAGAAGGUGGGUGGGCGAACAGUGGUCCGGGUACAACAACACCGACGCUCUACAUUUCGGAUCCUGCUUCACUUCGUGGACCAACCAGCGCCGAAUCUUUCCCGUGGCCACUAACCAGUCAGGAAACUUCAUGGACUAUUAUUCAAGCGAAGCUGUCAGCGGAUAUCUGACAUCCUCCGUCAGAUUCUGCAGCAUCACGGCGCGCGUGGAUAAUCCAUGGUGGUGGGCGGACCUGGGCGAAUCCAAGACGGUUUCGCAGAUCGUGGUUCACAUCCGACGCGACGGGCACUCGGAUAGUCAGUUCCGAUCCGUGAUCGCUCGUCUGGGGGACUCCCUCGACGCCUUCCAGAAUCCGGUGUUCGACUCGAAAAACGGCGUUCCUAUUAUUGGCUCCAUCGAAAAGUUCAGCCCAGCAAGACCCAAGAAGGGACGUUAUCUUUCCCUCCAGAGUAUCGUGUCCGCUGGAUAUCUGACUCUCUGUAACGUACAAAUAUUAUCUUAGCUAG